UACAUAUUUGUAUCUAAACAUUUUAGUAUAUAAUUUUAAAUAUUAAAGCAGUUGUUCGUUAAACUGUAUCAGAUGUAGUCUAAAAUUCAUAACAACCAGCGGAAUUUUAAUUAUCCGGGGAAUGCUUAGUUUUUUCUACCAUUGCCUAAAACAGAUUCCUUUACAACCGUUGUCACAUUCUUCCAAGACUUCACAUAAAAUAGAAGAGAAUUUCUCAGCAAUAUCUAAUAAAAAAUUCUCGUCAAUAUCUUCUUCUUCCGAUGAAAAAUAUAAAAAUUGCAAACUAAAUUCUGAAAAUUCAAAAAACGCCUACAAAAUAGGAGUCGAACUUCGCUCAUUUACUUACAAUGAUAGCGAUAUGGAUACUAUGCGAAAUUCUUUAAAUGAGUCCAUCCUUUUAGAGGAAAAUUUUUUCCAUAUUUUGGGGAAGGAAGCUUGUGAAAAUUUAAAAAGAGUUAAAGAGUAUUUGGACCGUUCGGCUAAGGAAUUCAAAGAAAAAUGGGAAAAUCCAAUAAAAAGUAUCGGAUCUUUCGAUGAAUAUACGAGGGUGAAAACGUUAGGAACAGGUUCGUUUGGACGCGUCAUAUUAGUUCAAAAUAAACAAUCCAAAUAUUUUUAUGCCAUGAAGGUGUUGGACAAACAAAAGAUCGUUAAAUUAAAACAAGUCGAACACACCAUUAACGAAAAACGCAUAUUACAAGCCAUCAACUUUCCUUUCUUAAUUCACAUGGAAAACACAUUUAAAGAUAACUCAAACAUAUACAUGGUCUUAGAAUACGUUCCUGGUGGUGAAAUGUUUCUUCAUCUUCGUAAACUAAAUCGCUUUAGUGAAGCCCACGCCAAAUUUUAUGGCUCGCAGAUUAUAUUAUCAUUCGAAUACCUACAUUCUUUAGAUAUUGUUUAUCGCGACCUAAAACCCGAAAACUUAUUAAUAUGUAACACGGGUUACUUAAAAAUAACCGACUUUGGUUUCGCUAAGCGUGUCAAGGGACGGACAUGGACUUUAUGUGGAACCCCCGAAUAUCUGGCUCCAGAAAUAAUCCUGAGCAAAGGUUACAACAAAUCUGUAGACUGGUGGGCUUUGGGAGUUCUAUUGUAUGAAAUGGUAGCCGGAUUUCCGCCGUUUUUCGCUGAUCAACCCAUUCAAAUAUAUGAAAAGAUUGUAGCUGGUAAAGUAAAAAUGCCAUCACAUUUUAGUUCGGAUUUAAAAGACAUAAUCAAAAAUCUUCUCCAGGUAGACAUAACGAAGCGUUAUGGGAAUAUGAAAAAUGGCAUCUGUGAUAUAAAAUGCCACAAAUGGUUCCACGCUAUGGAUUGGCUCAAUAUAUUCCUUCGCAAAAUCGAAGCUCCGUUUAUCCCAAAAAUCAAAGGUCCUGGUGAUGCCAGCAAUUUUGACGAUUAUGACGAAGAGCCUAUAAAUAUAGCCUCGGAAGACAAAUGCUCAAAGGAGUUUGGUGAAUUUUAAGAUAUCAACUAAAAUUCGAAACUAUUACCAAAAUUUAUAUAUAUAUAAUGCCUUCAAUAAUUAUUAAUAUUGUAUAGUUUUAUUAAUUACAUUACAAUUAUACAUAACAAAAGUCAAAUUUUAUUUAUUUAUAAAUCAAGAAAUAUGAAUAUUAAAAUUAGUUAUAUUCCAUA